CCCGGCCACACGUGGUGCGGAGAAAACAUGGCUACUGUGCAGAUCAGCGAAGCAGAGAAGGUCUACAUCGUGCAUGGUGUUCGGGAUGACCUGCGAGUGGAUGGGCGGGGCUGUGAAGAUUACAGACACAUGGAGAUUGAAACUGAUGUAGUGUCCAACACCGACGGGUCCGCCAGAGUUAAACUGGGGUACUCGGAUAUCCUUGUGGGAAUCAAAGCAGAGAUUGGCAGACCGAGGCCCAUGGUGCCAGAUGAAGGGUUUCUGGAGUUUUUUGUUGACUGCUCGGCAAACGCAACCCCAGAGUUUGAAGGGCGAGGGGGAGAAGACCUCGGCACCGAGAUCAGUAACACGCUGUACAAGGUAUUCAACAACCCCCACAGCGUUGACCUGCGGGCGCUCUGUAUCAGCCCCAAGGAGCACUGCUGGAUUCUGUAUGUGGACGUGCUGCUGCUGCAAUGUGAUGGAAACCUGUAUGAUGCCAUCUCUGUAGCAGUUAAAGCAGCCCUCUUUAACACACGAAUUCCCAGAGUUCAGAUCUCGGAGGAUGAUGAAGGUACCAAGGAAAUUGAGCUCUCGGAUGACCCGUAUGACUGCAUGAGGCUCAGUGUGGAGAACGUGCCCUGUAUCGUGACACUUUGCAAGGUUGGCCAGAGACACAUAGUUGAUGCUACGCUCCAGGAGAAGGCGUGCUCCAAGGCCUGCCUGCUGCUCUCAGUGACCAGCAGAGGCACCGUCACCUGCGUGAGGAAGAUUGGCGGAGGCAGCUUGGAUCCGGAAAGCAUAUUUGAAAUGACAGAGACAGGGAAGCGCGUGGGCAAAGCUCUGCAGUCCCCCCUGAUGGAGCUGCUGCAGAAGGAGGAGAGCUUGGGGAAGAAGAGGCAGAAAGUUGGCUUCCUGGGAUAAUUCCCUCUUUACGGUGCUUGUUUUGUAAAUGACCUUUUCUAAUAAAUUCUUUAGUUUUGUGUA